AUUUAAGAAGGCUGCGCAAUAACCGACGGGCCAAAUCGCGGCAGUGACGGUCGCGGCCACGCGCUACCACUUCAAAUAUAACGAUAAAUGAAUUCGUUUUAGUAUCGUUAAAGCACAAUCGCAAUGCCUGCCGACUCAACUCUCAUCGUUGCUGUGGAAGAGAAGGAGGAGAGUCCGUUUCAAAGUCUCGUUGAGAGAUCGAAACACGAGGAUUUUAUCAGGCGGGCGGUGGAUCUGCUGGUGGAAAGGGUGGUGUUUGGAAGAUCGUCGAGGAACGCUAAGGUCGUGGAGUGGGCUACACCCUCGGAGAUCAAGACCGCUAUAGACUUGAAGCCGAGGGACAACCCCGUGUCUCAUGAUGAGCUUCUCGCCAUCAUAGCUGAUGUAGCGCGUUACUCAGUCAACACUGGCCAUCCAUACUUCGUCAACCAACUGUUCUCAUCAGUAGACCCUUACGGUCUUAUUGGCCAAUGGCUGACUGACGCCUUGAACCCCAGUGUAUACACCUAUGAAGUGGCUCCAGUCUUCACCCUUAUGGAGGAGGAAGUAUUGAGGGAGAUGAGGAGCAUCGUUGGCUGGCCUGAGGGGGAAGGAGAUGGCAUAUUCAGCCCUGGAGGCUCGAUCGCAAACGGAUAUGCUAUCAGCUGCGCCCGGUAUUACUUCUACCCUGAGGUUAAGAACAAAGGCGUAUACGCUGUACCAAAGCUGGUGUUAUUCACGUCGGAACUCGCUCACUACUCUACGAAAAAAUUGACGACAUUCAUGGGAAUAGGUGGAGACAAUUGCAUCCUUGUAAAAACCACCGAAAAUGGUAAAAUGGAUGUUGAGGACUUGGAGACUAAGAUCAACGAAGCAAUAGAAGACGGCGCUACGCCGUUCCUAGUGACUGCAACUUCUGGGACUACGGUGUAUGGCGCCUUCGAUCCUCUGGUGGAGAUAUCUGCGCUGUGCAAGAAGUAUAACCUGUGGCUGCAUGUAGAUGCUGCAUGGGGUGGUGGCGCUCUGAUGUCCAGGAAACAUAGACACCUUCUAGCUGGUAUUGAGAUGGCCGACUCUGUAACGUGGAACCCUCACAAGCUCUUGGCCGCUCCGCAACAAUGCUCCACGUUUCUAAUUAGACACAAGAACAUCCUCAAGGACGGGCACUCGUCGGAAGCCAAGUACCUCUUUCAGAAGGACAAAUUCUACGACACUUCAUACGACACGGGGGAUAAACACAUUCAGUGCGGCCGCCGCGCCGACGUCCUCAAAUUCUGGUUCAUGUGGAAGGCGAAAGGGAGCGAGGGCUUCGAGAAACACAUCGACAGGUUGUUCGACAAUGCGCAGUUCUUCGUCGACCACAUCAGACAACGGGAAGGGUUCCGUCUCGUCAUCGACAACCCAGAAUGCACCAACAUCAUGUUCUGGUACGUUCCUACUUGCCUCCGCGGCCGCGAAAACGACCCAGAUUACAAAGAAAGGCUACACAAGGUUGCACCAAAAAUAAAAGAGCGAAUGAUAAAGGAAGGAAGUAUGAUGGUCACGUAUCAACCGCAAGGUAACUUGAUAAAUUUCUUCCGUAUCGUUUUCCAAAACUCCGCUUUGGAUCACAAAGAUAUGAUUUAUUUCGCUAAUGAGUUCGAAAGGCUUGGCAAGGAUAUCGUAGUAUAAAACUCCUAUUGUAUACCAAGCUGUAACGUUGUACAAAUAUUGCAUCAUGUAACCUGUGAUUUUAAUUUGCGAUUAGAGUUAUUAAUAAUUACAUUAUUAGAAUUAUUAAUAAUUUUACUGUAAAGAUUAUUUUAUGCACUAACAAGAUAAUGUAGAGUUAGUGAGCGUGGCGCUAAUAAAGUAAUAUAUUUAUUGUUGUAAUACU